CCUCAAGGUCUCUCAGAGCUGUGGACAACUGAGCUUCUCCAUAUUUUCAGGCCGAAGGCCGACCAACCUGCAGAAGUGGAACAAUGGACGAUGUGUAUGCACCAGGAAGAAACCAUCUCUUUGUUCCAGGGCCGGUCAAUAUCCCGGAACCUGUCCUUCGGGCAAUGAACAGAAAUAAUGAGGACUAUCGUUCUCCAGCUAUUCCAGCAAUGACAAAAGUUCUGCUCGAGGAUGUCAAGAAGAUUUUCAAGACUACUACUGGAACUCCAUUUAUGAUCCCUACCACUGGUACUGGUGCAUGGGAGAGUGCACUUACAAAUACAUUGUCCCCUGGAGAUCGUACAGUAUCUUUCCUUAUCGGCCAAUUCAGUCUGCUAUGGAUCGAUCAGCAGCAGCGCCUUAAAUUCAAUGUUGAUGUUGUGGAAAGUGAAUGGGGCCAAGGUGCCAACCUUGACAUUCUGGAAUCAAAAAUCGCAGAAGACACUGCUCACACCAUAAAGGCAGUGUGCAUUGUUCACAAUGAGACAGCAACUGGAGUUACCAAUAAUUUGGCUACAGUGAGAAAAAUACUUGACCACUACCGGCAUCCGGCUCUCUUUCUUGUUGAUGGAGUGUCUUCCAUAUGUGCUCUUGAUUUCCGUAUGGAUGAAUGGGGAGUCGAUGUAGCCUUAACUGGCUCCCAGAAAGCUCUUUCCCUUCCCACUGGCAUAGGGAUUGUGUGUGCAAGCCCCAAAGCUCUUGAGGCAUCCAAGACUGCAAAGUCAGUAAGAGUUUUCUUUGACUGGAAUGAUUACUUAAAGUUCUAUAAGUUGGGCACAUAUUGGCCAUACACCCCUUCUGUUCAGUUGUUGUAUGGGCUGCGAGCAGCUCUUGAUCUUCUGUUUGAGGAAGGACUUGAUAAUGUGAUUGCAAGGCAUACCCGUUUGGGCAAAGCAACAAGGCUUGCUGUGGAGGCAUGGGGCUUGAAGAACUGCACCCAAAAAGAAGAAUGGGUCAGUGACACUGUGACUGCUGUCCUUGUUCCUCCAUAUAUUGACAGUACAGAAAUUGUGAGAAGGGCGUGGAAAAGGUACAAUCUGAGUUUAGGCCUUGGCCUCAACAAAAUCGCUGGCAAGGUUUUCAGAAUAGGACAUCUUGGCAACCUGAAUGAGUUGCAAUUGUUGGGCUGUCUUGCUGGUGUUGAGAUGGUGCUUAGGGACGUAGGCUACCCGGUUAAGCUAGGAAGUGGAGUAGCAGCUGCUUCUGCAUACUUGCAGAACAACACUCCUCUCAUCCCUUCCAGGAUUUGAUUCCGGCUGCUGCUAUGUAUGUUUGCUCAUGUAAUCCAUUUACAACGUUCUGUCAUUUGCUUCAAGAUGCUCUGUAAAUAACGCAUAUUAUGUUCCUCUUCUUGCACUCUUUUGAGGCUCUUAAAACUCUCUGCUUAAUCAAUACAUGGUUAUUUGGA